AUGGGGCGAUUUGUUGAGGACAUUAGCAAUUCAUCUCUCACAGAUGCUAAGUACACUGAGAACGGUACUGAUCUCACAUCCCUGUAUGAUGAACCUCUUGUCAAUACUUUAUCAGCAUGCACCUCUUAAAAUGCGUAUUGUCACUCUUAGACCAGCUGCGCCAUGGUACACAGAGAAGAUUAAGGCUUAAAAACCGAAAAGGACUUGAACGCCAAUGGCGCAAGAUAAGAUCCACCAUCAGCAGAAAACGUUACGUUAACCAAUGCAACCUGGUCAAUAACCUUAUUUAUGAGUCCAAGAUGACCUUCUGCUCCUCGGUCAUAGAAGAAAACAAGUCAAAUCAAGCGAUCUUGUUUACUGCUGUUGACAAAAUGUUAAACCGCCUGGCACCUAAAAAAUUACCGCAGGACGACAAUGCUGCUGAUCUCGCAAAUAAAUUUACGGAAUUCUUUGUGCACAAAGAAGAAACUAUCAGAAACAGCCUUAACUCACCAGGCUUUUACCCUAACGAUGAAAAGUUGUCUGCCCAGCUACAAAUGAGCUACAUUCUUUUACUCUAA